CUUCAAACAAGACGGAAGACUAUGUCCACAGACAUUGUGUGGAGUGAAAUUUCUCAGCAGUUCGCGGUACGUUUCUUCACUCUUCCAAAGUUUAAAAGCACGCAGCCACAAUUAAAUCGAAAAUGGGACGAAAAUGCAGCGUAGAAAGUUGUCUAUCAGACUCGAACCGACCUGAAGACAUUGGAGUAACAUUUCACAAGGUACCGAUGCACCCCGAUGUAAGACCUAAAUGGAUGUCUCUGUGCCAUAUACCCGACGAUAAAAAGGCCAUCAAGAUAAUCUAUGUAUGCUCAAGGCAUUUUUUACGCGCCGACUUUUGCAACUUCAAAGGAAAAAAGUAUAUGCUGAGACAAGGUGUGCUACCCAGCGUGUUUCCAUGGGACAAGUCGAAGCUUGAAGCCAUCAAGGCUGAAGCUACAAUCAAAAAGGAGAAAAAUGUGGAUGAAGUGAACAUGGAUGUGGUUAAGGAAGAGUUAGAGGACUCUGCUUUGGAUAUAAAGUCUGAAGAAUCUACUGAGGCAUCGAAUCAGACAAUAGAAGAUGUGAAAGAAGAACCAGAAGAAAAAAAGCCUGAUGAAAAACAAGCAUCUGGAGAUCAGCCUCCUGCAGUGAAUAAUUCAGAUUUGAUUGAUUUUACUAUCAACAAUCGAAUCGAGGCACUUGAUUUCAACCAAGAAUGGUACCCAGCAAAAAUAUUGGAGGUCGACCACCAAGAGAAUGAAGUGCUUAUCCAUUUUGAGAAAUUCUCCAGUAAAUACGACGAAUGGGUGAGCAUGUCAAGCUCCAGGCUGCGGCCAUUGCAGCAACAGACCUUGGAAACUGUAACCGCAGUUCCGCCGGCAAGCAAGAAAGUAUCUGGUACUACAGAACAGUUUGAAGUUGGUGAAAGAUGUUUAGCAGCAUGGAGCAACUCGCAGAAGUUUCCAGCAACGGUUUCCAAAGUGUUGGAGAAUAAUGCCUACGAAGUCCUGUUCGAUGACGGCUUCGUGAAGACGCUGAAAGGCCACCGAAUGUCGAAAUCGGGCGCCAAGCCCCUGCAAGCCUCCCCGUUAUUCGAACCGAUCCAAAGUAGCAAACAGGACCGCAGGGAGAAGAAAAAGAAGCUGAACGUGGCGACGCUGUUCAAGAAGCGGCAACGCGCUCCCACCGGCGGUGCAGGUGGCGGAAGCGGCAGCGGAGGGGAAGCGGCAGAGGGGGAGAAGCCCGCCAAGAAAGUCCGGCAUAAGGCGGAGACUCCGCUUAACGUCUCAGCGGCUGCCGACACAGAGGAUAUACAGAAUUGGAGGCCGUUGUGGCACAAAGGGCGGCCAAUCGGCACGGACGCAAUGUUAGAGACAAGUGACGGCAUCAAGCACACCGUCAUCGUGCCCGAUCCGCGGCUUCCUGAAGGCUGGGCGAAACAUUUGCUGCGCAGGAAUAUCAAAGGAGGCGGCGUUAGGUGGGACACGAUCAUUGUCAGUCCUGAAAACAGGAGAUUCAGAUCGAAGUACGAAAUCCGCGUCUACCUAGAAGCCAACCCAAUCGGUACCGAAGGCAUCCACGUGGAUAUGUUUGAUUUCUGUCUGGUCAAAUCGAAGCCGAAGAAAGUCAAACGCCAACCCACAGAAGUACCUGAAUUGGCACCUGUACCGCCACCACCAGUUUUGGAGCCGCAAGAAGAUUCGCAAAUGACAGAGGAGCAAGACUCUCAAGACGAAGACAACUCCAAUAGCUUAAAGAUCCUGUUUGAAGACAACGCGUUCAAGUGUCCGAUCGAGGGUUGCGGAAAGAACUUCCGCAGGGAGAAUCUGGCUCAGAUGCACGUGAAGCAUUAUCAUCCAGAAUAUACCAAGUUCCUAGAUUCCACUCCAAAUGUAGCUGAUCUUGCUUAUGCUAGAACGGUGGGAGAAAAUCUGGACAAAUCGCCAGGUCCUUCGAACAGACCGCCGGUAUUAAAACCAGCUACGAAAGCUUCGACACCAAAAACGUCAAAAUUGGCUCAGUCUCCUCAUCCAGAGAUGCCAGAUUUAAGACCUAUGGGUUCCCAAUCUCCUAACACUAUAAUGAAAUGCAAGGACGCUGAAAUUAUCAAGCUACUGAAUGCGAAACCUUCCGACAAGAAUGAACUAGACACAGCACAGGGAUAUUCAUCUGGCGUAACGCCUGUUGGCUAUCCAGACAUGAAACUGAAGGACUUGUUGAACAAGUCUGAAGGUGUUCCGAAAAGAGAUGAACUUAGUAAGCCGUUUACAGUUAGUCGAUCUGCUGGUAUCAAGACUUUGCUGCCUAUUGUGAGACAACAAGUUGACGACCUACCUCAGACAGGCCAGCAACAGCAACCAGCUUCUGACCCCCAUCCUCCCGCGACAACGGCUAAACGCAAACGCUUGGCAUCCGAAAACCCGGAUCACUCCUCCAGGAGCAAACAACAACGUGGUACUCCUCCUCCCUUACCUCCUCAAACCGCCGCCUCCGACCAAAACCCUUCAACACCGCCGGUCUCUCAACCUCCAGUACCAGUCUCAGACGAUUCCCAAACCCCCACAGCUCAAAAAGCAUCCCCCGUCACAAAAGUCGAACCUCCCGCCUCCCAACCUGACCUACCCCCUAACAAUAUCAUCAUUGAAGGUGGAGAAGUAAUCAAAAUCGUUAGGAUGAAACAGGAGGAGAUUAUAAAUUGUACCUGUGGAUAUACUGAAGAGGAUGGACUCAUGAUACAGUGCGAGUUGUGCCUAUGCUGGCAGCACGCUUAUUGCAAUAAUAUUGAAAGGGAGAGCCAGGUACCUGAGAAGUAUGUGUGUUACAUAUGCCAGAAUCCAUUCAGAGAGCGAAUGUCCCGCAAGUAUUACCACGAUCAGGAUUGGUUAAAACAGGGCAUUCUUCCGACUGGCAGCUACCAUUCUAGGGACGAGGAACAACUCCAAAAGCGAUUUGAGAAGUUAAAGAAGUGCCAUGAUUUAUCCGGCGGUUUGCAAGAGCUCAGAGAUUACAUGCACAGCCUGGCGAUCAAGCUUAAGAUUGCUGAGAUGAAAAAUCACCCUAAACUGUACCUGUGGGCCAAAAUGUGGGAGAAGCAUCCGCUUCCCGAGAAAAUAAAAGAAGAAUGCGAGGAAACUAAGCACAAGAUUGAGAAUGAGGAUCAUCAAUACAUAAAAUCGAAUGAAGAUCCUGAGAAGCAGGAAAAACCAGAUGAUUCCAUGCUGAUGAUGAUAUUGAAAGCUGGAAAGGAAGUGAUGCCGAAGAUAGACCUCAACCUUUUGAUGGAUAACAACAUGAGUCAGUUACCCAUAAUCCCUCAGCCAGAGGCUGCGAUUGACUCUACGGUCUGUAGAGAUAACCUGCUUCAACAUAUUAGACACCAGGAGUCGCUAGUCGAGGAAAGGCUGGAUGACUUCGAGAGACAGAUCGACGCAUUAGAAGAAUGCGUGGACAUGGAGGUGGAUAUGAAGUAUCCCAAAAUGAGGCACUCCUUGCAGAUGCUCGCCAGGGACCUGGAGAAGCUGAAAGAAUUCAGUCAUACCACGACUAUAUGAUUAUUAGUUUCGUAAACAUAUAUAAUUGUUGAUUAAUUGGAUUCUGUUUUCCUAAACCCUAUUCGAACCUCAUUUACCCCUCGUCAAUACAAACACGAGCACUCUAUUCCAGAUACCUGUCGCUACCCGUCGUGGCUUUUAUGAACCUUCUGGCUUAAAGGAGCGCGAUUUGUUUUGACGCGGCAUAAUUGAGAUUUGAUUUUCCGUGUCGUGAUUUUUGAGACUCCCUGUAAAAACUAAUUAGUGCAUCCUUUUGUACAGCCUGUUCUAUUCGCUUGCAUGUUUUAAAUCAUAAUUUAUUAUAGUUGUUGAAAUUGAAGCCAAACUGUAUAUUUUCAAAAGAUUUUAAUAAACAAUUUGUUCUAAA